AUGAGGGAGGAAAGGAACGACGAGGUGGAUGCGCAAAGUAUGAAUGAGCCAAGUUGCGACACGCCAGAAUUGACUGCACAGUAUGGGCAUAAGACAAAAAAGACGAAGAAAACGAAGAAGAGGAAGACCAAGAAGGCCGAGCAUGGCCUAUACGACAGUAGAAAUGAAAAGGAUGCAUGUGGAGUGGGAGUCGUGGCAGACAUUAAUGGAAAGAGCUCAAGGAGUGUUAUCCAAAAGGCAAUGCAAAUAUUACUACGCCUGAGUCAUAGAGGAGGAGUUCAAUCGAACAAUGGAGAUGGAGCGGGAAUUCUGGUUGGCAUACCACAUGAUUACUUUCAAAUGUUAAACAUUGACUUUACAGAUGAUAGCCACUUGAAUUUGAGCAGCUUACCAGACGACAUAGAACUGCUAGCCUUUUUUAUAAGAAAAAAGUUGGUCAGACAUAAUGACAUGUAUUUCUGUAGUUUCUCUUCCAGGACGAUUGUCUACAAGGGGUUGUUAACCCCUUCACAGAUAUAUUUAUACUUUGAGGAUUUGCUAAGUGAACAGUUUACAACCUACCUGGCAAUGGUUCACGUACGAUUCUCGACGAAUACUUCCCCUACGUGGUAUGCUGCUCACCCAUUCAGAAGAAUAUGUCACAAUGGAGAAAUCAAUACCAUUAGUGUGAACUCGAUUUUAUUUCAAGAGAGGAUGCAGCUAGCCAAAGCACCCAAUUCGUUUAAAUCAGUGUCCAUAAAAGAUUUAAGACCAAUAAAUGAAGAGAAUUAUGUUAUAUACGAUAACGAUGAUGAGAUCAUUGAAAAAAGGGAUACCUUUGAAGAUAUCAUGUUGACAAAAAAUAGACUAAAGAAAAAAUCCAGGAGGAGGUUACUUCUCCGAUUGAAGAGAGACUUCACGUACAACAGCUCUGCCAUACAUUACAAAAUAAAAAGGGAGUAUAUGAAUUCCGACAUUAAUAGCAACUCGGAGUUUUUAAGUAAUGUGAACGAAGUGACUGGGAGUUCAUCCGACGAUUCAGAAGACCUCUCAGGUAAGGAUGAUAAGAAUGCUACCUGUUCUAGACGACUUAAGGAAAAGAAUGCCAUUUCGCCCAUUUGCAGGAGUGAGAAAAGCUUCGGUCACGCGGUGAAGACACAAAUGAAACAUGGAGAGUCUCGAAAAACCAAAGGCGCUAUUAGCUACCCGUCUGACUCUUCCCUCUUCGAUAAUGCCAUCGAUUUUUUGACCAUGGCGGGAAGAGAAAUAGAGCACGCAAUUAUGAUGCUAAUGCCAAGGGCAUAUCAAAAGGAUCCAAAUAUAACUCCAUUGGAAAAGGCCUUUUACGAAUAUCACACAUGUAUGAUGGAACCAUGGGAUGGACCUGCAUUAAUAAUCUUCACUGAUGGUAAUAAGGUAGGCGCUUCGUUGGAUCGAAAUGGAUUAAGACCCGCUAGGUACAGCAUCACCAAUUAUGGGCUGUUCGUUCUGUCCAGCGAAACCGGGGUCGUCGAUUUGGCAUAUGACAAAAUUACCCAUAAGGGAUGUGUAUAUCCUGGGAAAGUAGUCCUAAUCGAUUUUAAGGAAAAAAAAUUCUUGAGACAUGAAGAAGUAUUGAGCAAAUUUCUGAAAGAGAAACCUUACAAGAAAUGGCUAGAUCAUUAUUCGAUUCACCUGGACAAUAUAAUCAAACCGGCUUCCAACAUGGAGAACAUACGAAUGAAUGCAUAUAAAUAUGGAGCUAUACUGAAUAAGGAGAAUUCCUAUGGGAGCAAAGAUAUGGAGGAGGUUGACGACAUGGAUGAUCCUUACGAUGAGUCGUUAAUUAAAAAGUUAAAAGCCUUUGGUUAUACGUAUGACGCGUUCAAUAUGAUAAUUUCGCCUAUGGUAAAGCAUGCCGCCGAUGGGCUUGGUGCAAUGGGAAAUGACACUGCCUUUCCCUUUUUAAGUUACUUAAGGAGAAACCUUUUGUACUACUUCCAGCAAACAUUCGCACAAGUGACUAACCCAGCCAUCGACCCGAUAAGGGAAGAAAAUAUCAUGUCUCUUAUGAGCACCUUGGGAAAGGAAGGGGACAUCCUCCAUUCCACGUACACGAACUGUCAGCGCAUAUUUAUUAAUGGUCCCAUUCUGAAUGACGCACUGUACAACAUGCUGUUGCAGUUGCCAGACUUCCCACAUAUCAUAAUCGACAUGACAGUGGAUUUGAGUAAAUUGGAAGCACUCAUGUCGGGAGAAUCGGCGGACGAAGUCAAAUUUGAUGUGAUCAAAAGUGUGUCCUCGCCAAAGAGGAGUUACCACGCGGAUGGAAGCAACAACUACACGUUCAAGCUGGACGAACACAAAAGCAAGCAUAUCAAAGAAGAUUUGAAUAAAAUGAAAAUAAAAAAUAACAUCGUGUCCAAGUAUUUGAUUAAAUUUAUCGAUAGCGUCAAUAGCAAAGUUGAAAAUGCUGUUAGGCGAGGGAGCCAGCUGAUUGUUCUCUCACACAGCAACAUAAACGAAAAGAGAGUGCCCAUAUUCUCCAUUCUAAUUGUUGGUGCGUUACAUAAAUAUCUGUUAAGUAAAAAUCUAAGAACCAAGUGCUCUCUCAUAGUUAAGGCUGGGGAUUGUUUCGAAAUCCACCACUUAGCAGUGCUGCUCUCAUUCGGGGCCGAUUGUAUAUAUCCCUUUAUUUUAUACGAAAGUUUGCGUUUCAUAAAAUAUGGAGAUAAUGAAGCCAGGCUUAGUAACCAGCAAAUGAUAAGUAACUACAGACAUGCAGCAAAUUAUGGUAUACUAAAAAUCAUGUCGAAGAAUGGAAUUUCCACCCUCCCUAGUUACAAAGGAUGCGGGUUAAUGCAACCAUUAGGAAUAUCCAACGAAAUUUUAAAAAAAUGCUUCAUCAAUGUGUGCGACUCCAUUAUCGGAGGAGUAACAUUUGAAUUUGUGGAGAAGGAAAUUUUAAAAAUGUUUUACAAUGCCUACCCGAAGAGGAUAAUAAGUCUGAACAUUAAAGACGCAACGGAGGAGCUCGAUGACUAUGGAGAGUAUCACUUCAGGAGCAUAGGGAAUACCCAAAUACAUAUGAACCAUCCAGAAACGAUUAGCUUACUGCAAAAGGCUACUCGCACGGGGAACACAGCUACGUAUAAAAAGUACUCAGAGUUGCAGAAUGAACUGAUAAACCAUUGUGAAAUUAGGGGGCAGCUAGAAAUUAAUUAUAAAAAAUGUCCCUCGUAUAAUAAGAAGAAGAAAAAAAAUGAACCCAUAAAUAUCCAGCUAGUAGAAUCUGUUAACAAAAUUUUACUCAGAUUUUGCACAGGCGCUAUGUCUUUUGGGUCUCUCUCGGAGGAAGCACACAUCACAGUCGCCACGGCCAUGAAUAACAUGGGGUUGAAGUCGAACACAGGCGAGGGAGGGGAAGCAGAGGAUCGCAUUAAGAGGGAUCCUGCCGAAGCGAACGGGUCGAGUGAGCCCAACGCCAACUCAGCGGUUAAACAAAUCGCAUCCGCUAGGUUCGGCGUGACGGCGUACAGCUUGGUGAACGCGCAGGAGCUGCAGAUAAAAGUGGCCCAGGGAUCUAAACCCGGAGAAGGGGGAGAAUUGCCAGGAUACAAAGUGAGCGCGAAAAUUGCAUCCGUUCGUAGAAGUACCCCAGGUGUUGGUCUAAUAUCCCCACCACCACACCAUGAUAUGUACUCCAUUGAAGAUGUGGGUCAGCUAGUGUAUGACUUAAAGAAUAUAAACAAGGAAGCUAAAAUUUCUGUGAAACUAGUUUCGAAGCUAGGAAUAGGUGUUAUCACCUCCGGAGUGGUCAAAGGAAAUUGCGAACAAAUUUUGAUUAGUGGAAUGUCUGGUGGCACGGGGGCAUCAAAGUGGACAUCCAUCAAGCAUGCGGGUCUCCCAUGGGAAAUCGGACUAGCAGAGGCACACCAAACUUUGUGCAAGUCCAAGUUGAGAAAAAGAGUUAUCUUACAAAUUGAUGGGCAACUGAAAACAGGGAGGGAUGUCAUUUUAGGUGCGCUACUGGGUGCAGAAUCGUUUAGUUUCUCGACCCAACCGUUAAUUGCUUUGGGCUGCAUCAUGAUGAGGAAAUGUCACCUCAACAUCUGCCCUGUUGGAAUAUGUACACAAGACCCAGAGUUGAGAAAAAAAUUCGCAGGAAAACCAGAAUACAUAAUAAACUUUUUUUUCAUGCUAGCGGAAGAGGUCAGGGAGUACUUGGCUAGCAUGGGGUUCAGGAAAUUUUCUCAAAUUAUCGGAAGGUCCGAUUUGCUCAAAAAGAAGGACCACUUAAAAUAUGACGAGAAGAGGAAGCUGUUGGACUUCUCCAAGCUGUUGUUCCCAGGGUGGAAAUACUAUGCAGAAGAGGAAAUGAAAGAUGAUGUGAAGAAAAGAUACAACAAAAAUGCGAACGAGAAGAAGAGGCAAGUUGGUGGAAGUUCUUUCUACUGUGGAUCGAAGUACAAGGUAGGAGGGUCGCUCACCCCGGGUGUGAACAACGCGCUAGACAAAAUGAGAAGGAAGCAGGUACUCAUAAAUGAGAAUUACAACACUGUGCAGAAGUACGAUGUGGUGAAGAGGGGAGAUGAGGGCGGAGAACACACGGACGGGAUGAACCACGCCGGGGAGACGUGCUCCUCUGUGGGGGAAUACGACGAGGAGGCGGCGGCGGACGACGCGGAAGAUGAGAAGGAAGACGGGGAGGGUGAUGAAGAAGAAGAGGAGGAAGACGAGGAGGAAGACGAUGAAGAGGACGAUGAUGAUGAGGACGACGGUGAAGAGGACGACGAGGAAGAGGACGACGAUGAUGAGGAGGACGAUGAAGAGGACGGCGAGGGAGAGGACGACGAGGGAGAAGAGGAAGAAAAGAACCCGAAUGACCCAGAACAGCUGGGUGACGCGAACGAACUGAACGGCUCCCUCCACCCACGCAGCGUGCAGGCCGGCCAAGGCAAAAGGGAAAAGGCGAAGAGGAGACAAAAACCGCUAUACGAAGGAGAUGAUCUAAACCAGGAAUAUUCCAAAGGUGAAAGCAGCAAACAUAACGUAGCGAUAAACGGAAGGAGUGCAAAGAAUGCCAUGGUGUGCACCACCAGGAUGAUGAGAAAAAAAAUGAACGAGAAAAAAAUGCAUUCGAAGAAGAAGGAACCCAAACCGAUGGCAAUAUUCUGUUGCGAAACGCAGAACCAUAAAUUGUCCGACAUCAUUGAUAGGGAACUUAUAAGAAGGUCGAAGAUAGCACUGCUGAAUUGUACACCUGUAAAUAUAAAGAUGCCUAUAAAGAAUACGGACCGAGCAGUGGGAGCCAUGUUAAGUUAUCAUAUCAUUCAGAAAUAUGGGGAACCAGGGUUACCCAUGGAUACUAUAAAAGUGAAAUUUCGAGGAACAGGAGGAUUAUCCUUUGGAGUAUUCCUGACAAGCGGUGUGAACUUUGAGCUGGAAGGAGAUGCAAACGAUUUUGUAGGAAAGGGUCUAUCAGGUGGAAUUAUAUCAGUACAUUUCCCCAAAACGUCGUUAUUCAUAAAUGACUGUCAAAAAAACAUGAUUGCAGGGAACUCCGUUCUGUAUGGUGCAACAAAAGGAAGAGCUUUUUUCGCGGGAAGAGCUGGUGAAAGAUUUGCAGUUCGUAAUUCUGGGGCCAUAGCCGUUGUGGAAGGAGUCGGAUGUCACGGAUGUGAAUACAUGACGAAAGGUAUAGUAGUUGUGCUGGGUGAAAUUGGUUGUAACUUCGCUGCAGGGAUGAGUGGAGGUAUUGCAUACGUCCUGGACAUUAACAAAAAAAAUGUAAAUCAUCAAAUGGUAGAUUUGAAGGUAUGCAAAACGAUGGAUGAAAAAAUGACGUUAGAAAAAUUACUUCAUGAGCAUUACGAAAGAACCAAUUCGUAUACGGCCAAAGUUCUGCUGCAAAAUUUUGAUGAGAAUCUACACAGGUUUACGAAAAUUAUUCCGAGAGAUAUCAAACGAGUGCUAACCGAAGCGUGCAUCGAAUUUGUGAAGACAGGGAAUGAAGAAGCCGCAGCAAUUUUGGACGACUGGGCUUCUCUUCUCAAGAAUGUCGACCAGCCAGAAAACAUGUAUAAAAAAGCCAUGCAAUUUUUUACCACCAUCUCGGAUGACAUAUCCGGAUUGCCCAAAACGCUAGCAUUGAGAAAUGUAGAUGGACUGAUCAUAUAUGACAUUUUGCAAGACAAUAAUAGUAGAAAAUUAUUAACAGUGAAGAAUUACACACCCGAAUUGAAUUGCACCCAAGAUAGUGAACAACUACAAGGACAGGUGAAGAAGAAGAAAAUAUUUGACUUUGAAGGAUUUAUUCAUAACUUAGAAAUUUGCAGAAAAAAUAAUCGAAAGUGGAGGAGAUUCGCAGAAAUCCCAUUUAAAUGUAACGCCUAUACUGAUUUUAAAAAUAUUUUCCCAAAAAGGCUAGAUGAAAAAUCAAAGGAAAUGAUCAAAAAGUAUAUUCUGAAUGAGAAGUACCUUCUCGAUCUUCACCUCAAGUCGUUAAAUUCGAACUCCUUUAUUGACAGCCUGAUUGAUAGGGACGAGGGGGACGAUUACAUGAACAUGAGCCAGAAACAGAUUAGCCCGAAUGUGUACUCUUUGAAAAGUUUCCUCUACGCGAAUGAGAAAGGCGAGGGAAGUGUCAAGGAUAACCAGCAUGCCGUCAGAUCUACUGAGGGGUGGGGAUUUAGGGGUACUUCUACCGCUUCUGCGCGCAGCGUCACCGGAGCGUCCGUCUCGUCCGUGGACCCGUCCGAGGGCAAACCGGGCUCCCCCACUACGCCGUUGAUCGGUUCUGUAACGGCCACGGCAACCGCCCCACUGAAUGGGCUUAUCCCUGGGUUUGGUUCUGGACCGAUCGCCGACCCCAUCACCACUGCAUGCGCCACUACAUGCGCCACUACAUGCACCACCGCAUGCGCCACCGCCACUUCCUCUCCGUCGAAGGAUACGCGUCCCCCGGUGUCCAAACUGAGCAUCACGAAUAUGCAAGGAAGUUACGAGGUGGAAGCCACAGAGUCGAUUAUCCCGAACAUGAGCCAAGCCAAGCCCUUUCUCGCAGUAAACCCGAAUAAAGUCACCGGAUUUAAGGAGUACGAACGGUUAUCCCAUCCGUUAAAAGAUAUUAGCAGUAGGGUAUUGGACUACUCAGAGAUUAUCGUGCCUAUCAAUGCAAAAAGUAAACUCCAUAACCAGUUGCUAAAGACACAGGCGUCUAGAUGUGUAGAUUGUGGAACCCCAACCUGUCAUUAUCCAAACUCCAGCGGAGGAGGGUGCCCUUUAGGCAACAGAAUAUUUGAUUGGAAUAAUUUAAUAUACGAAAAUGAGUGGAAAAAAGCGUUGGAAAGGUUACUAGAUACAAAUAACUUUCCAGAAAUUACUGGGCGUGUUUGUCCAGCCCCUUGUGAAGAUGCCUGUGUUUUAAGCAUUAAUGAGAAACCAGUGUCGAUAAAAUUUAUCGAGUUAUCUAUCAUCGAAUGUGGAUUUUUAAAAAAGUGGAUUCAGCCAAUCAUUCCUCAUACCAGGACAGGAAAAAAAGUUGCUAUAGUAGGUUCAGGUCCCGCAGGACUAACAGCAGCUCAACAGUUGAAUAAGGCAGGACAUGAAGUAACCAUCUUCGAGAAGGAUGAAUAUUUUGGUGGCUUGCUAAUGAAUGGAAUACCUAAUGUGCGAUUGGAUAAAAAAAUAGUAGAGAGAAGGUUAAACAUAAUGAGGAAGGAAGGAAUCAUUAUGAAAAACAAUACCAACGUAGGGACAGACAUAACUUUAUCCGAGCUAGCCAAAAAUUUCGACGCUGUUUUGUUAUCUACUGGGUAUAAAGUCCCAAGGAAAUUAGACAUUCCAGGGUCGAACUUAAACAAUAUCUACUUUGCCAUGGAUUUUCUGACCUCAUGCCAGAAGUCGCUUAUUAAAUCAGACCUCACAGAUGAGAACUAUAUAGAUGUAUCAGAAAGGCAUGUAAUUAUUUUAGGAGGAGGGAAGACUGCUGUGGAUUGCAUAAGUUUAGCAAUUCGAAUGGGAGCAGCUAGCGUUUUGCAAUUCACGAGACAAGACAUCCCACCCAUGACAAGUACAGAGUAUUCGUGGCCAGGAGUGAAAAAUAUAUUCAAGGUUGAUUACUCACAUGAUGAAGCGAUAAUUAUUCAAGGGAGGGACCCACGCGAGUUUUGUGUUAGGAGUUUAGAGUUUAUUCCUUCCAGUAAGGACCCCAAGAGAGUAUCAGGCAUUAGGGCCAUUAAAGUCAAAUUAAAAAAAGUCCCCAAGGGGGAGGUGGACAAGCAUGCGCUGCAGAGGACACCCUCCACAAAAUCCACGGCCGUCACCGCUGCCACCACUGCCACCACUGCCACCGCUGCAACCACUGCCACCGCUGCCACAUCCAACACCACCUCCAGUAUGUCCAGCACCAAUGGGGUACUGUCCAAGUUAGAGUCCAAGAAGCAUCAGACGAAGUUUGGCAAAGUGAAGGGGCAGAAAAAUGCUUCCAAGUGUGGAACUGGGCAGGCAUCCGGGGCAGCGACUUCUAGUGCAUCCGGCACCGCCACAUCCAGCGGAACCUCCAGCGCAGUGACCACCUCGCAUUCCUCCUCGCCGGGAAACACGAACGAUAUCAUUCAAAACUACCAAACGACGAAGGAGAAUAAGGAAUAUGUCGAUAUCCCUUUCACCGAAAGGACUUACAAAGCAGACGUUGUCAUUUUGGCCCUGGGAUUUUCCAAGACGGAUGACUCCAUAUGGGAGAAUGAUUCCAUUAAGAUCGAGCUUGACAAUUAUAACUGCAUUAAGACUAAAAUUAGAACUUAUCAGACGAACUACAAGAAGAUAUUUGCCUGCGGGGACUGUAGAGUCGGCCCCAGUACCGUCGUUCAGGCCAUAGCCGACGGCCGAGACGUCGCCGCCAAGAUCGAUGAGUUUCUGAUGAAUGCGGAAUCGAUUCUGCCCUCCUGCAACACGUACUAUUACUACCCCCCCAACUACAAGAGCGUUCCCUUUGGGUCGGCCCACUGGGGCUAA